AAUUGCCAUAUAUUGAUAUUCCUAGAUUUACUACGAUUGACCCUAUGCACAAUAUAUUCUUAGGUACAAGUAAGUAUAUAGUGCAACAUGCAUGGAUAAAUAACAAUUUACCAAAACUUGGUAUUAAACAAUUGCAUGAAAUUCAAAUUCGAAUUGAUUCAAUUUCUUUACCAGUUGAUAUAGAAUAUAUAAACUUUAAAAUUACCUCAGGUUUUGAUACACUUAUAGCUGGUCAAUGGAAAAUAUGG